CACCACCACCAUGUUCAAAAACCACCACCGCCACCACUGCAUCCCCACCCUCACCCACCACCACUGUAAACCAUACAAUCUGGCCACCAUCUAACCACCGUCUUUACCCACCUAAUCUCGCCACCAGUACCCUAGCCGCACAUCCACCAACACCCGACCACAACCUCCACUCACCACUGCCCUAACAAGCCGAUGAACCACCACCGCUCUGCCUCUUAAACCUCCGACUCACUACCACUUCUAUCUCCCUUUUGUAUCCUCCAGCCACCACAAACCCCCAAUUUCAAUCACCUGCCCACCUCAACAGUAGUCGCACCACCACAAACCUCCAAUUUCAAUCACUCUCACCACCACCUACAUCACAUCAACAGUAGUCACCGGUGAUAUUACAGCUUUCGAUCAUCAUCUUCACCAGUUCUUUAAGGUUCGUGACUUAUAAAAAUUUUCAGGAAAGUUAUGGGUGUUUUGAGUGCAACUGUGGUUUUCCAGGUGAUAAUAAUCGAGUUUUUGGGUACCUUUGCAAGUACGUCGCCAUUAACAUUCUGACCGGGUUUAUGAGCAUGCCGAUUGCGGUGAUAUUGAAGAUGAUCCCAGUUUGAGAUUGCACCAAGUAGCUAAAUGAGUUCCCAUCUCCACCGGUGAUAGGUCGACGAUUGUGAACGGUUAUUAUGAUUGGAACCAGAUCUAAACUGUCGUGGCUGUUUAUGACGGUUAUCUGAUCGGCUCCGAUGGAGUUAUCAGUGUUUUGUUGUUGUGACUCAACUUUGCUAUCUAAUAUUGCACACGAGGAGGUGUAUGUUUUAGGUCGGAGGAGGGUGGAGACGAUGAUUGGAGGAGGUGGAGGCCGGAUGGUGGAGGCGGUGAUUGAGGGGUGGUUGUGGGGUAAUGAAGAAGACAUUUGUGACCUGUUUUAGGUUUUUAACAAGGCCCAUUCUAUACACACCCCCCUCCUUCCUGAUUACACCCCCCCUUGUGAGAGGAAAACUGUCGGUGGCCCCACCUGUAAGUAUGUGAGAGGAGGAGGGUGAAAAAAGUAAAUAGGGGGGUGUAGAAAGUAGCACCCUUUAACAAAAAAAUACGGUCGCCACCUGAAUUAUUUAUAUUAACUCUUUUUGUUUUCUUUGUUGUUUUUUAAUAUGGGCAUUUUAGUCAUUUCGUACUUACUUAACAUCAAAAGCUAACCCCAUUCACAUUAGGGAGUAUCUCAGAAUAAAUAUGUAAAAGUUAAGAACUAUAUAUAACUGUAAUUUUAUAAGUGAAAUCUUUACAAACCAAAGGGCUAUUUGGGCACUUUUACUUUUUUAUGAAUAUGAAUAAAACGAGUAUAAUUGGAGGCACCCAGCAAAACCCUAAAAAAACCCUCUCUGGUCGUCGUUUCACAGAGAGCUGAAAAGCCGUCGCUCCCGCAUUCACGCUUCAUACAAACACCACAAACCCUAGAAUUAGCAAGAUGGCAUCUUUAACCCCUGAAACGAAGGAACUUCUUCUUCAUUCUGUCCUUCACUACCUUCAUCGUGGUGGAUUCACCAAAACCCUCAAACGCUUUCUCUCAGAGGCUCAGAUUCAGGAUGAAACAUGGAAGGCUUCUUCAGUAAAUUUAGAGGACAUCUACUGCAAAUACAUAAAAGACAGUUGUCAAACUAAAGAUAAUGCGGUUGUUGAACCCGAAACUAAAGAAAAGAAGAAGAAGAAAAACAAGCAUGAGUUAACUUCCGGUGAUGAAGUUAAAGAAACAAAAACCGAAGCAAUAAAGAAGCCUGUUGAAGAUAAUACAAAUGAAGAUAAUGCGGUGGUUGAACCCGAAACUAAAGCCAAAAAGAAGAAGAAAAACAAGCAUGAAUUAGGUUCUGGUGAUGAAGUUAAAGAAACAAAACCGGAAGCCGUAAAGAAGCCUGUUGAUGAUGGUACGAAUGAUUUAGAGGUAAAUGAAUCGAAGAAAAAAUCGAAAGAUAAGAAGAAAAAGAGCAAAGAACAAGUAGUUGAUCCGAAUGAGGUUAAGGAAGAAACAAAGAGUUUGAAAAAACGGAAAAGAUUGUCUGACGAAAACGGGCAUCGGUCUGACAAGAUUGAAACUAAUGAAACUGUCGAAGAAGCUGCUAAAGAAAACGAGACACAUAAACAUGAGAAACCCGAGAUGAAUGGAGGCGAAAAGAUUGAAUCUCAGAAAUCUGUGAAAAAGCAACGUGUUGGUUCAGCGGAGCCGAAGACCGUGAAUGCAUUUCAAAGGGUGAAAAUUGAACAAGUGGAAUUUGCUCAUGAGAAAUUGCAAGACAAUUCAUACUGGGCAAAGGAUGGUGCAGAUAUUGGAUAUGGUGCUAAAGCACAAGAAGUUCUUGGUCAAGUGAGAGGAAGGGACUUUCGACAUGAAAAGACAAAAAAGAAGCGUGGAAGCUAUAGGGGAGGACAAAUAGAUCUACAGUCGCACUCAAUAAAGUUUAACUAUGAUGAUGAAGAGUGAUCAAUUUUGCAGUAUUCAUAUCCAACCAGAUGAUCUAGAUUCAAGUGUAUUUUUAUGCUUUAACCACAAUAUUGUUCCAGAUUUCACUUUAUUUUUGCAAAAACUAUUCAUCCCUGCAAUACAAAGAUACAAUUCUUUGUUAUUGCAAGUUUUGUUGUAAACUUAAAGAUUUUGUUCCUUCUUCAUUAGAAAACUUGGAUACACAUUAAAAACCGAUUGUGAAACGUGAGGGUAUGGAUGAUCGGGCUUCA